CAACAGUGCUGAAAAUCAAAACAAAUAUAGAAGUUUAUUAAUUGGGAGCUUAAGCAAUGAAUCGCUUUGCCUACCAGGAGGCUCGUUUAGGGGAAAGCGAGACCUUUGUAAGCCGCGACCGUAACGUCAAAAUCUACGAUGGCGAUCAAAAGACGGAAUUCGCGGAUGGGGAAGUUGUGCUUACCACACACAGACUAUUCUGGGGCAGGCCAGGGGAAAUAGCACGAGCUGCCGUCACGCUAUGCCUGCCACUUAGCUAUGUGGUCUCUCUCAGUGAGGAAACAACAGCCUCCAAUUUCUUUGGACGCAAAACGCGUAUUAUAAUGCACCUACGACCGCCCAAUCCAAAUAAAGCUCCUGGUCCACUGGACACAAGUCGAGCUGCUCACAUAAAGCUUUCAGGCAAGAACGGACUAAGCGUGGAGUUUCACAGCGCCUUGCGAGAGACUUUGAGCGCACGCGUCUGGGAAAUCUCAUUGGCAAGCGAGACGAUAGUGAGAGGAGCCGAGUCUGUGGCCAAUGUCAGCGAUAGGCUCGCGAGGAUUCAGAAGCGAACGGGUAUUGGCGGCAUAGAACGUAAUCUUGAAGCAAAGGCCAAGGCGACGGACGAGAAUAUAGCACUUGCUUUUCAGGACUUGAGUGUCCUCAUGGCCAUGGCAAAGGAUAUGGUGGGUCUGUCCAAGAAUAUUAGCAGCAAAAUACGUGAGCAAAAAGGUGAGAUAUCCGAUGACGAAACGGUGCGCUUCAAAUCUUAUCUGCUCAGCUUGGGCAUUGAUGAUCCGGUGACGCGCGACAACUUUACUAGCAAUACGGCGUACUUCAAUAGUUUGGCUCAGCAAAUCUGCGAAAUGCUACUCGAUCCCAUUGAAGAACACGGUGGUAUGAUGUCACUGGCAGAUGUAUAUUGUCGCGUAAAUCGUGCUCGUGGCUUUGAACUACUCUCGCCCGAGGAUUUACUCCACGCUUGCGAGCAGCUCAAUGGUCCCAUAAAACUUCGCCGAUUUCCGAGCGGUGCCAUGGUUUUGCAGCUGGAGUCCCAAGAUGAUGAACUAAUUGCCAUUGACACAUCGGAGAAAGUUCGUGAGGCCGAGUCGCUGGCCGUAGAGGAGCUUGCCAAGCAACUGGGCAUAUCACUGUUACUAGCUAAGGAGCGGUUAUUGGUCGCCGAGCGAUUGGGAAAAGUUUGCCGCGAUGAAUCCGUUGAGGGACUGCGAUUCUAUGCAAAUCUAUUGCUUUUCCGUGAUAUCGACUAGCUGUCAUAAGUAAACGAUAUAUUUAUAUAUAUAUAUAUAUAUAUGCAAUAAACAAUAUCUCUAACAUACAAAAAUACGAUUUAAACUGGUGCAAUAUGCAGCGCCUGCAUUGAAAUAAACACACUGCUUUUGUACAUUCACACAA